GUACGUUUUACUUGGUUUACAUUGCAAGCACGUGACCCUAGCUAUAUUGCUUUAGCUAGUUCAACAUGAUCCUCCGGCAAGCGAGAUCAGCUGCUCUGGAGCAAGGGAGCUGCAGACGCCACUCCUCGGCACACUUUCCCCAAAAAUGUCAACACACUCGAGGUCCAUCCCUUUUCAAGUGCAACUCACCACGAUUUUUGGGCUGUCUUGUAAUGAUGUAUGCCCUUCACGAGUGAUGUUGAAGAAGGGAAGUCCCUCGUCAGCAAUUCCUUCCCUGUUUCAUCUCACUCAAUCGCCCAUGCCGCACACCCCUUCCUUCCCUCCGGGUAUUUCGAUGCAUGGACUAGACACAUCAUCAGGCACCACAAGUACCCCGCGAACAGACUCAUGGUAGGUCUAACGAGUCUGUGAGGUAUAUAGGUAACUUGGCAAGCUGCGAAUGCUCCUUCCUUCGUGGGUUACACUCUGUGCAACA